UAUAUUCUAUUGGUUAUUCUAUUUUUCUUCAUUAAUUAUUAUUUCAUCCCUUUCGCUGAAUUUUGUCUCUUGUUGGUAGCGGGCGGAGUUUCUUCUCUGUUCUGGUUUACGCACCAGUUUUCCAUGUUCUAGGGUUAGGGCUCGUUUUUUCCUUCGCUUUCAAUUCAAUUACUGCGAGAUUGUCCGAGUGACGGGCCUCCCCGAAGGACGUCAUGGGAGGUGACAGUGCCGUUGACGAGGAAUCCGAAGGAGUCAGCGUCAACAUCAAUGUUCGCUGCUCUAACGGCUCUAAGUUUUCCGUUCAGACUUCCGUUGAUUCCAUCGUUAGUUCUUUCAAGGAUCUCGUUGCUCGCAAUUGCGACGUACCCGUCGAACAACAACGCCUCAUUUACAAGGGUCGCAUUUUGAAGGACGAUCAAACCCUCCGAAGCUACGGAUUGGAGGCAGAUCACACUGUCCAUUUGGUUCGUGGUUUUGUACAUACUAAUUCAACUGGUGGAACCACUACUAGCAGCACUGAUACCAAUACCGCCACUAAUAAUGCCAGAGAUGCUGUUGCGAAUGAAGGUGGGAGUUUAGGAGGGCCUGGCUUUGGAGCUUCACUGUUCCCUGGACUAGGUAUCAAUGGGACUGGGGGAAAUGCUUUAUUUGGUGACGGAUUUCCUGAUCUAGAGCAGAUGCAGCAACCAUUUCUUUCAAAUCCCAAUUUAGUGAGAGAAAUAAUGAAUUCGCCUGCCAUGCAGAAUCUAAUGAAUAAUCCUGAGAUAGUGCGGAAUCUUAUCAUGAAUAAUCCACAGAUGCAAGAGCUCAUGGAUCGAAACCCUGAGUUAGCACACAUACUUAAUGAUCCUAGUACUCUUCGUCAGACCCUUGAAGCUACAAGGAACCCUGAGAUCAUGCGUGAAAUGAUGAGAAACACAGAUAGAGCAAUGAGCAAUAUUGAAUCUUCUCCUGAGGGAUUCAACAUGCUGAGGCGCAUGUAUGAAAAUAUUCAAGAACCAUUUUUGAAUGCCACUACAAUGGCUGGUAAUACAGGAAAUAAUAAUGCAGCAAUUUCAGGGACUCAUGGUGGCCAUGCCAGGGACCAAUCAACUAAUCCCUCAACUACUAGUUCUGAAGCAACUGCUGGUUCUCCCUUACCUAAUACUAACCCACUUCCAAAUCCUUGGUCCUCUACUGGUACUGGAGGUGCUCAAAAUAACACCAGAAGGUCGUCGACUACUGGUGUGGAUGCCAGGCAGCAAGGACCUACUGGCUUAGGCGGCCUUAAUCUGCCAGACCUUGAAAACAUGCUGGGUGGCAAUGCCAUGCCAGAUGCUUCUUUAUUGACCCAGUUAAUGCAAAAUCCAGCUAUUUCACAAAUGAUGCAAAGUAUGCUUUCCAACCCACAAACUUUGAAUCAGAUUCUGGGUGCUAAUACCGAGCAGCGUGGCAUGCCUGAUUUAAAUUCUCUUAGAGACGUAAUGCAAAAUCCAGAAUUCCUUCGAAUGUUUUCAUCACCUGAGACAUUGCAGCAACUCUUGUCAUUCCAGCAAGCUCUUAUGUCUCAGCUUGGUCAGCAGCAGUCAACACGCAGGGAAUCUGGUCAAACCGGCGGAGGCACGGGACCAAUGAACAACUUGGGAUUGGAGAUGUUAUCGAGUAUGUUUGGUGGACUUGGAGCAGGUAGCCUAGCUGUUCCAAAUAGAUCAACUGAGCCACCAGAGCAAUUGUAUGCCUCCCAACUUUCACAGCUUCAAGAGAUGGGAUUCUUUGACACACAAGAGAACAUAAGAGCUCUUGUUGCUACUUCGGGUAAUGUUCAUGCAGCAGUUGAACGACUAUUGGGGAACAAUGGUCAGUAACAAUAAUGUUUGCAAGUUUUCUUCUGUCUUUUCCGAGAUAAAUUUUCAAGCGCCUUGUUGGGUAUUCAAAUAAAAUCAGAAGUCUGUCCAAAUUAUAGUGGUCAGAGCUGAAACGGUGUAGGUUUAUACAUUGGACUGCCAUUGUUCCUUCCAAUGGUCCAAUUCCCUUCUUGUACAUACUUAUAUAUUGAAACUAGUUUUAGACGCAGCUGGAGAUCUUAAAUAUUUCAAAUUAAUUGAUAUUUAUACUUGGUUGUUAA